CAAGCGUGGAGCAGCAGAGGUCAGAAUCUCCUGCAAGCACGCAGAGUCAGAAAAUCGAGAAUCAAGAUUCGACUAAGGAAAUGACUAGUAAAGAUGGGAUUGGUCCGAAAGUGAUGAGCAAAGGGGCUGGGAAAGGUGGAUGGCUCAAAGCCCCACUAUCGGAGGCCCACGAGCCCCAUGGGAUGGAGGAAAGUGUCGUGGGUGCUGGUGGAGUAUCCGAACUAAGCACAAAACAACGACAUCAGAUGAAACAUAGAGAGCUUUUCCUGUCUCGUCAAGUUGAAACUAUGCCUGCCACUCACAUUAGGGGCAAAUGCUGUGUUACUCUACUCAAUGAGACGGAGUCACUCCUCAGUUAUUUGAACAAAGACGAUUCGUUCUUCUAUUGUCUUGUUUUCGAUCCUGCUCAGCGUACACUACUUGCUGAUAAAGGUGAAAUCCGCGUAGGCAGUAGAUACCAAGCCGACGGUAUUGCGCCGUUUCCUCUAACUCAAUCCGAACGCGAAGCCGAUCCUCGUCGCCUACAAGACUUGGAAACACUCGUUUGGACGCCUCGACACUCCCUAACAGACCGUCAGAUCGAUCAAUUCCUAGUCGUCUCCAGAUCAGUGGGCACAUUUGCACGUGCCUUGGACUGUUCUUCCUCGGUGAAACAGCCCUCCCUGCACAUGUCGGCAGCGGCCGCCUCCAGAGACAUCACCCUGUUCCAUGCGAUGGACACCCUUCAUCGACAUAACUACGACCUUGCCAAAGCCAUGUCGUCUUUGGUCCCACUCUCUGGCCCAGUCCUCUGCAGAGACGAGAUGGAGGAAUGGAGCGCUUCAGAAGCAAAUCUCUUCGAGGAAGCUCUCGACAAAUAUGGAAAGGACUUCUCAGACAUUCGUCGGGACUUCCUUCCCUGGAAAACAUUGAAAAACGUUAUCGAGUACUAUUAUAUGUGGAAAACAACCGACCGUUAUGUGCAGCAAAAGCGAGUAAAGGCAGUUGAAGCAGAGAGCAAAUUGAAGCAAGUCUACAUCCCGAACUACAACAAGACACCUCCAGCUGCCCCGACAGGCGGAGCAACAAUAAUACCUUUAGGUAACAACAAUACUAACGGCAAAGGAGUUAGUAUCUUAAAUGGCAGUAGUAAUGGCAACAUCACUGACACCAGCGGAAUGUUAAUGGCUGGAGUGAAUGGAAAGCCUUGUGAGAGCUGCCAGUGCAGCCAGAGUUCUCAAUGGUAUGCAUGGGGACCAUCGCAUAUGCAAUGCAGACUUUGCCAGUCUUGCUGGACUUACUGGAAAAAGUAUGGAGGUCUCAAAGUCCCUACGAGAAUCGACGAUUCAGACUCAGAACGGAAACGGAGUGGCGCAGGCUCUGAUGAAGAGAGUAAAGGGAUGGGUGGAGCACACAGACCUCAUCGCUGUUCCAUUCCCUCUUGCGGGAAGGAAUUUAAGUUGAAGGCUCAUCUCAGCCGUCAUUAUGCUUCUGCCCAUGGGGUGGAUUUAAGGGGAAGUGGCGCUAGUGGUGGAGGAAGUGGAUCGCCUAGACCUGUUAUGAAGACGAGAUCAGCAUUCUAUCUGAGGACGUCUGCGUUGGCUAGAGCUGCGAGACGUCUUUGCGCUGCACAACUCAGAACUCGACAUGCUGCAAGAGCUCCUCAUCAACCGGUCAAUGCUGCACCAUUGAGACAUCUUUGUGCAUCACCGCAACUAACGAGUAAGAGUUCAGCUGAGUUAAGGAUUUUGGCGAAGGCAGUGAGACCAAGGCCCCGUCCCAGAGUUACGGAUAUUGCAACGAGGUUGGGAGAUCAUCCAGUUCCCAGGCAACCUGGCGAGUGGGAUUGGCUGGUGCUUACUGCUCCCGGAAUGAGGAAGCAGCCUGAUGUGGUGGCUUUCCCGAAACCGCUCAAAGCUGCUGGUAUGAUAGGUCCUUAUUAUGUUACAGCUUUUAUAUUUGAGUGGCAAAACGUGUCAAGUCGUUUCAUCUAA